CGUCUUAUAUAUUCACAGAAUUAAAAUGAAGGAUAGGUAUUCUCAGUACUAUCGAAGGUCGAUGUGACACAGGAAACGGUUCACAUCAAAAAAUUUAUACACUUCCAAGAAAUCAUAUUCAUCAUUUAAACAGCUCAGAGGUCUGUGAUAAGGAAAAAUCCUUCAUAAACUGAGGAUCAAGCUACUGACAGAUUUAUUUUUUUCACUUCAAUCUGUACUAAAUUCAUUUUUUCUCAAAGAGAGACGGCCUAGGGUUUAGGGUUUACAGUACAAAAUCCCUCCUUGCUUGUUUUUGUUGCUCACAAGAACACAGAAACAUCAGCAUUGUACAAAUAAUUUCCAUAUAAAUUCGUCGACACCAAAGGGCUGUGAAUUUACAAACACAUUCACAUACUUCUCCAAGUCAUCAAAACUCAAAAGCUCCAACUGGGUAUUCCGAAAACAAACUGCAGUGUUAUGGGCUUAAUACCACAGCAACUCAAUUCUUAGAAUCAUUAAAAUAAUAAAAUACCUAAAGUGGGUUGUCCUCAACCGAUCUUUAGGUUAAGGGUGUAAGAGUGUGUUGAAGAUUUGGGUUUAGGGUUUUGGGAUUAUUUAUGGCUAAAAAUCCUAUUGACGGCGUUUUGAAAGCCGGUUCAGAUGCUAUUUUGCAGAGGCGAAUUUUGUUCCAUCCCGCCAGGAAUAAGAGGGAUAGUGGUCGCGGAACAAGCACUGGGUUUUAUCUGGAGCCGCUGAACCCCCAAUUGGAAUGUUCCCCGACCUCUAGAAUUGAAAACCCUUCCGCUCAAGAGACUGCAAAACCGCCGGAGAAGGAAGACCUGAUGGAUUUGGAGGUCAUCGAAGAAAUUGGAUUUCGAAGAAUUGGUGCCGGGCUUGCGAACCUUGGCAAUACCUGUUUUUUGAAUUCGGUUUUGCAGUGUCUUACAUACACGCAACCCCUCGCAGCCUACUUCCAGGGUGGGCGACACAAGUUAACUUGUCGUGUAGCUGGAUUUUGUGCCAUGUGUGCUGUUCAGGAUCAUGCCAUUAAUGCUGCAGGAUCGUCUGGCAAGAUUUUGUCACCUACCAUUCUUGUCAGGAACUUGCGAUGUAUAUCUCGCAACUUCCGAAUAUCAAGGCAAGAGGAUGCUCAUGAAUACAUGAUGAAUUUGAUGGAAUCCAUGCAUAAAUGUUGUUUACCAGCGGGGGUAACAAGUGAAUCGCCUGUUGCCUAUGAGAAGAGUCUAGUACAUAAAAUUUUUGGUGGCCGACUCAUAAGUCAGGUGAAGUGCACACAAUGUUCUUAUUGUUCCGAUAAAUUCGAUCCUUUCUUAGAUUUGAGCCUAGAGAUCAUUCGAGCAGAUUCUUUGUUGAAAGCAUUAUCCCAUUACACGGCAGUGGAGCAGUUAGAUGGGGGCAUGAAAAGAUAUCAAUGUGAUCGAUGCAAAGUAAAAGUGAAGGCUCUGAAGCAACUUAAAAUUGAUAAAGCACCACAUGUUCUUGCAAUUCAUCUCAAGCGCUUCAGUGUAGGGGGAUCUGGAGGAAAAAUAGACAAAAAAGUAGACUUUGGUUGUACUUUGGAUCUGAAACCUUUUGUUAGCAGUUCACAUGAAGGCAAUUUUAAGUAUACUCUUUAUGGUGUUCUUGUUCAUGAUGGCUGGAGCACACAUUCUGGUCAUUAUUUCUGCUUUAUUCGUUCAUCCACAGGCAUCUGGCAUGCUUUAGAUGAUAAUCGGGUGUAUUCAGUCAGUGAGAAAUCUGUGCUUAGCCAGAAAGCUUACAUGCUAUUCUAUAUACGAGAUAAGAACAUGAGCAUUAAAACAGCAGGUGGGUCUCAAUCUCAGGAUAAUGGUUCUAAACUAAAGAAGAUUGUGCCAUUGAACAUUGGGCGUCCAAAGGAAAACCAAUUACAAGAUUCCUGUGCCUCCCAGGCGACAGCAAACGUGCCUUCUUUCCAAAUGACAGCAAUCUCUUCUAUUAUUGCAGGUGUAAACAAGAAAAGUAAGGUAUCGCAACAGGUAGGAAAUGUUUCAAAUGUCAAUUUCAAUUCAGAAAGUCUAGAAAAGAACACAAGUUCUGGUCAGUUAUGCAGUAAAUCUGGAUCACCAGCAGAUCAUGAUGCUACAUUACAGAUUGUGCCUCCAAGAACCGAUGGUAUCCAAACAAAUGAUGUUUUCUCAAGUCAUACCAUAAGUAAUGGGUGCACAUCCAAUGAUGCUGGCAAUAAUAUUAAGAAACAUGAAUCUGAAAUAAAGGGUGCUGAUUCCAUGGAUAAUUUUAAUGAGAUUCUGGUUGUUAGACAUUCUCGGAACCAUGAAGUGAGCAAUGGCAAUGGGAACUAUAUUAGUAGAAAUUCUGGAGUUGAUUCAAAAAUUAAUGGUAAUAGUCAUGAGAAUUUCAAACAUUCCAUGAAUGAUUUGACAGGUAUUAUUACUGGGCAUCAUACUGCUAAAGUUCCACAAAAUAAUUCAAAUGGUAAACUUGUAGCUGGUGAACAUCUAGAGAAUUGUAGUGUGGUCCACAAUUCUAUAGAUAAUGAGAGCGAGGCUGCUAAACUCUUAUUGCUGGAAGAUGGUUCCUUAUUUCAGCAGGGAGCUGAAAAUGGUACUUUUCUCUGCAAGGAAAGGGAAAAGAAUGGGUCAUCUGUAAAAUCUAUUCAUCAAGAUAGGUUUUCCAAAUGUAUACAAGAAACUAAAUGUGUUUCUAACCAUAAGUACAAAAAAUCCCACAAGGACAACCACUAUCUUAUUAGUAGAAACAGAUUGAAGCUUAUGAAGCAUCUUCCAUGUCCUCAGUUUUUACGAACAUUAUCUUUCAGGAGACAUUUUCUUCUAAGAGCAAUGCAUAUUUUGAGGAAGAAACGAUCCAAUGAAAGGAAGAAUUGCAAGAAAUUACGGCUUAAGAAGGCUGGCGUUUUUCUUAAGCAGAAACACUCUGCAAACAUGCCUAGUGCAAAAGACCAUGCCGUUGCAAAAAGUUCUGGAUGUUCAGUUGCUUCUAAGUCUCCACAACAAUUCCGUGGAAAGGGUCUGUCAAACAAAGUAAAUGGUUGUGUUUCUGUGCAGCAUGCUGAGACAUCUGAAAUUACAGUUGGUGUGGCUCAGAAUGGGUGUAACAUUGCUAAAUUUGGUGAUACUUCCAUGCCUCUUGGAAACGGACAGCUUUCUAGUGGAAAUAAUACUAAGCUAAAGAAACAAAGAGAAGUUGCUGAUGGACAGGGUUUAAUUAAAGCUAGACAUAAAUAUUCUGAUGUUGAGCCGGACUCUAAAUUUAACAAGGAUAAAAACUUGUCUGCUCUCCGUCAGUCAAAUAAUAGCUUUAGAGAUGGAGUAGAAUCAUGUCAACAAGAUGGGGCACUGUCUAUGGAAAAUUGUGAAUCAUCUGUUCAUCUGAGGAGUGCAGUGGAUGUAUUCUCAGUUGGUUCUGGACUGAGCAAGGAGAAAAACAUAUCUGCUUUUCGUCAGCCAAAUAGUAGCUUUACAGAUGGAGGAGAAACAUGUCAACAAGAUCCUCCUCAAUCCGCAAAAAAAUCUGAAUCGUCUUUCCUAGAGGCUAGAUUAGAUGGGCCAGCAGUUCCAUGUUGGGAUGUUAUCGAUGAUGGCUUGGUAAAAAGUAGCAGAGCUUCAGACAAACAAGCAAACCAUGUUGGUUAUGUAUUAGAUGAAUGGGAUGAAGAAUAUGACCGUGGCAGAAGGAAAAAGGUUAAGCAAGCACAGUAUGAAGAUGGCAUAGGUGACUCUUAUGGAAAAUAUUCCAAUGGACAGAGGAAUCCUUUUCAAUCACUUUCAAAUAGAAAAGCCAAGAUUGCUGGUAAAGGGAAUUCUUUCAUGAAAACAAAUCAAGGGAAACUACAACACAAUGGAAGCUAGAGUUUUUUGUCGAGCUCAAUGCCAAAGCAAUGUGUUGGGGACAACCUAAAACAGGGGAGGGGGGUGGAAAUCACAUUGCUGGCAAGUAUUCAGAAAAGAUGCCAUACACUGCAGAAAGUUGUUAAUGAAGUUAAAUAUCAUGAAAAGGUUUAUUAUUUCAAACCUUUCCGAUGAUUCAGCUAUAGGUCUCUGGAGCCAAUAUUUCCUGUCACUUUUGAAAUUCAUCAAUUAAAUGUGAGAAAUGGAGAUAUAUUUCUAUUUGUCAAACUUGCAAAGAGGUUUGCUGUUGGAUUGUUGGCUGAAGCAGGAGGAGGAAAGCAAAACUGUCAAAGAACAAAAUGUAGUCUACAGGCUAUACAUUGAGUGGAAUUCUUUGGGAUCAGUGUCUUCAGCUAACCAUUCCAAGUUUGACUUUCAGUAUUUGCCAUUUGGCUAUAUAUACACCAAGUGGUUAGUAAUGAAAGUAACAAUGGAUAUUUUCUGAAAACUCAUUGUUAGAGGUGGAACAUCAUAUAAAGGAUGUUGCCUUUAUAUAAUAACUGUACAUCUUAUGGAUUGAACAGAAAUUAAACUGUCGAAAUUUCAAAUUUGCCUAAGUGAUAAAAAACCAAUAACAAUAAUUGUCAAGAUCUUA